UUUGAUGACGUAGGGAGGUGGGCGGGGCAUGCUGCGGGAGCGGUGGCGCGCGCCAUGGGGCAGGAGGAGCCCGACCUUUACCGGGACACGUGGGUCCGAUACCUGGGUUAUGCCAACGAGGUGGGCGAGUCCUUCCGCCCACUGGUGCCAGUGCCGGUGGUGUGGGCCAGCUACGGUGUGGCCACCGCCUACGUGACCGCCGACGCCAUUGACAAGGGUCGGAAAGCCGCCGCUGCCCACGCACAGGACCCUACACGGGUGGGGGUGGCCGUGGUGGACACCUUCGUGUGGCAGAGCCUGGCCUCGGUGGCCAUCCCUGGCUUCACCAUCAACCGGCUCUGCGCCGCCUCGCUGGCCCUGCUGGGGUCCCUCACCCGCUGGCCCCUGCCGGUGCGCCGCUGGACCACCACUGCCCUGGGGCUGGCUGCCAUCCCCCUCAUCAUCACCCCCAUCGACAGGACUGUGGAUUUCCUGAUGGAUUCCAGCCUCCGCAAGCUUUAUGGGACACCAGGAGAGCCCCCAACGUCCCACUGAGCACCUGGCACGCUCUGGGGAAACUGAAGCAUGCUGCUGUGACCCACCUACUGUGACCCCUCACUCUGGUGACCCCCAGAGUGGCCACCCUGCCCCACACUGGUCCUAAUAAACCAUUUCAAACAUGA